AUGAAUCAAGGAUAAGAAUUAGCUUAGCGCUAAUACGUUUCACGUCUUCAUUUUUAAGAUAAUAGCUAAGAAUAAGUCUAAAGCAGAUAACCAGUUAGACGUAUUAAUGACUCAGAUCCUUUUAAAAUUUCUUAAUAUGGAAAGCCAUUCAUGUGUAUUUUUUAUGCUGGAUUAAUUGCUGGCAUUUUAUGCUCUUUAAUGGGAGUAAUUUUGUCUAUAAUUCCAGGAACUGCUUAAGAGGAUUUGAUUAAAAAUGAAUUGUUAAAUGCUAACAGCAAAUGGAUUUAUGAUGAUAAAUAAUAAUUAAUGAAAACCUUUUAGGUUUAGGUUGAUUUGCUCUCUAAUGAAGAAUUGAUUAAUGAAUAAUUCAAAAGUAUUUCAUCUAAGAGUAAAAAAAGCAAAAAGGAAUCCGAAGCAGUUAAUCCUAUUGUAAAUAGAAGCGAUAUGCAAUUAAAAGAUUCUCUUUCUACAUAUCAACAAAAAAUAUCAACUGGAUUCUAAUUUGGAUAAUCUUAUAAAUCACCCAUACUCUCAUUAGAAAAUGCUCAUUUUGAAUCAAAGAUUGAUUUUGAAUCAGAACCUAUCAUCCCAGAAAACAAUCAUUGUCUUAAGAUUAAAGUUACUGAUAGUUAAAAUAAUGAACUUCGUGUUCAAGGUCUUCCCAAUUGUGGUGGUUUUGAUAAUUCUCUUCCAAUUAAUUUAGUUGAAAACAAGACUUUACAAUUUUCAGAAAUGAUCAAAAUGAGUUUAUGUUCAGAUGAAUUAAGUUGUGAGAAAUUAUGUGAGUAGAAUGAUGGUAUCUCUCAUGCAAUUUAAAAGAAAAACAAAGAAGUCCAUUUAGAGAAGAAGUAUGAAAUACAAAAAUAAACAUGCACAGCCAACUUUGCUGUUAAAGAAGUUUGCUUAGUCUUUUCAAUUGAUAAAGAGACAUAAAAUAUUAGUAAAUUUGAAGGAGGUUGCUACAAGGGAAAUUACAUGCUUUUUGAUUUCGAGUCUAAAGUGAACCAAACACUUAUUAAAUUAAGAGAAAAAGAAGACCCUUUCCUAGUAUCAAUUCAACAUUCCCCUGAUUACACUCCAUAAACUAUACAUAAAACUUAAAAAGACGAAUUUGCUACUAAUUUGUACUGUUUUGGAAUAGCUAUCUUUGCCAUCUUAAUUAUCGCAUUAGCUGUAAAAAGAGUAAGCAAAGAAAGAUAAUCAACAAAGACUUAUAAUAAUUCAUAAAGAAAUAGUUAAAACGUACAAAUGUGA